AUGAGUUCCGAUGAAGGCCGUGCUUCAACAAAUAAACGUUCAAUGGAUUCAGAAGAAUCAAAGCAGGAAGAAGAGGAUGAUUAUAUGACUAUGUUGCUACCCAACGAAAAUGCGGUAGUGGAGCCCUCAAAGCCCAAGACCAAACUGCGAAAAGUAGACAGUAAGCAACAAGAAGCAUCAGAGAUUCUUCCGAAAGGCUUCGCCAUGAUGAGCAAAAUGGGAUUUAAUAUUGGUGAGACUCUUGGCCGAAAUACAGAAAAGGGCUUGAAAAACCCUAUAUGGGUCGCUCGAAGAGACACUCCGAUUGGAGCAAACACUUUACAUCAGCCAUUGUCCCUCAACAGAAAAGAGAAUGCGGCCGAUGAAGAGGGCUACCAGAGGUGGAUUCAAGAGAAACGUCAGCGUACAACUGAAAUGCGCACGCUACACGCAAUGCAAAAAAAAGCUUUCGAGCUGAGCGGCGAUGUGGAUGUGUUCGACAUCAAAAGUGAUCCAAGGGAUUACAACUGUCUCUGGAGGCGAUACGUCAUGGAGCUACAAGAAAAACUACGAUCGAAGGAGCAAAAUACGGAACUUCGAUCGGAGGACUCUGAUUCUGCGAAAUCAGAUGACAUCGAUGACGAGCUAGUCAUUUUUGAAGAACUCAGUCCCGUACAGCAAAUACGGGGCGUGCAUGUACACAUGAGAACCGAAUUUUUCUACUGUUUUUAUUGUGGAGCCCAGUUCACCACUGAAGAAGAGCUACUCCAGAAAUGUCCAGGGCCUACAGAAGACGAUCACUACUGA